AUGGCUGGGCUGGUCAACUUCGAGGAUGAAGAGGAGGUGAAGGAGUAUUUGGAUAACCUGGGCGUGGAAUACAGUUUCCAGUGCUACAAGGAGAUGGAUCCUGAUGGGUGUCACCGUCUGGCUGACUACCUGGAGGGUGCGAAGAGGAAUUUCGAGGCAGCCGCCAAAGCGCUGAAGAACUGUGAGGACAACCGGCACAGUGAGAGCUGCUACAAACUCGGGGCUCACUAUAUAACUGGGAAAGGUGGCCUGCCCGCUGAUUUUAAAAGGGCCUACAGCUGCUUUUUGAAGUCUUGUGAGAAAGGGGGCAAGAAAUCCACCGAGGCUUGUCACAACCUUGGGCUAUUGGAAGGUGGUGGGCGGGGAAACGACCACCAGCAGCCUAACGCCUCUCUGGCCAGGGACUAUUACAGCCAAGCUUGUGAUGGUGGUUUCGCUCCCAGCUGCUUUCAUCUUAGUGCUAUAUACCUUCAAGGAGCCCCUGGGGUGCCAAAGGACAUGAGCCGGGCUUUGGAGUAUUCCCUGAAAGCCUGUGACUUAAGACACAUCUGGGCCUGCGCCAACGCUAGCCGGAUGUACAGACUGGGAGACGGUGUGGAGAAGAGUGAUGCAGAAACGUAUUAG